AUGAGCAUCCAGCAACGCUUGAGCGGGGAGAAAGGUUUCGUAGCAUGUAAGAAGAGGCCGAGACGUGCCCCCGAUGUGAUAGCCUUGACCCAAUCGCCAUCCCGGACAUCGUUGUCCAAAUCCCCGGUUGAAGAGAUUGGUUCUGGUUCAGAUGGCGGCCUGGCCUUGGAAGCUGCAGGUCCGUACGGCAUCAAUCAUACCGUGGGUGCUGUGCGCUGCUGCCCCUUAUCCACCGCGUGCUACCACUGCGCAGCUUGUAUUGGCUGGGGUAGGUAUCAAUACUGUAGUCGUGAAUGCGUUCCCGAGUGCCACUGA